AUGAAUACCCAACUUGAUAUUGUCAUUGCUAAUUAUGAUUCGGAGAGUGUAAGUAUUUUCCUGGGUUAUGGUAAUGGUUCUUUUGCAAACUCAGAAAACCUACUCACGUCAGCAGGAUCUAACUCCUAUUCGUACGUUGUAACUGUUGGUGAUUAUAACAACGAUGUCAUACAGGAUAUUGUUGUCGCUAAUCAAGGUACUAAUAAUUUAGGCAUAUUUCUUGGAUAUGGCAAAGGUACGUUCUUAAGUAUGAUUCUGUAUCCGAUGGGUUAUGGAUCUCGCCCAUUCUCUAUUGUCGGUGGUGAUUUUAACAAGGACAAAAAGUUUGGAUUUUGCCGUAGUCAAUGA